AUGUUAUAGCCUGAUGGGGGCGACGUUCGCACCUUUCUUGUUUAAAGAGUGUCGAGGAAGUAACUGACAUUACCAUACCCGGUGAAAAAAUACAACGCAUGCUGCAUGAUUCUGAUCCUAAACAUUCAAAAUCGUUUGGGUCAAUGGCAGGAAACCUGAAAGACAAGGAGGCAUACCAAAGACUGAACUAUCUACAUCAGGCUGCGCAUUGUGUUCUGUCUCAAAACGCCAGCAAUGUGGAAUUGGCUCGUUUUUACAGCUUUACCCAAAGGACUAUCGCAAAACGUCUAGUUUUGAGACAGGACCCGUCAGUGAAGAGAACACUGUGUAAGAAGUGCUGCUCAUUGCUUAUCCCUGGUGUGACUGCUACAUCAAGACAAAGAAGAAAUAAUAAAGCAACUAGAUUUACCGUGAUAAGGUGCCUUAGCUGUGGACAAACCAAGACGUUUCUUAAUAAUCCAGAACAUUGUUUGUGGGUUGACCGACCUGAAGCCCAGAUGGAGAACCAGAUCCUAAACAAUCUGCCAUACAACUGCCAAAGGUUGAUGUGUCCAAGCAGUCCGAGCCCAACCAAGACCUUCCUUCUGAGGCUAUAGCAUGAAGAACCUUUUUUUUUUAUUGUACAUACAGUUUGAGUUAUGAAAAUAAGUUGUAUGCCGUUGAACAAGUAUUUGAGUGAUGUCACUGUCAUAUUUUGAGCUUUCCAAUGUGUGUAUGUUGUUGAAAUAAAAGCAUUAUCAUACCAUUUCUUUACUUUGAACUAGAUCUUUACUCAUAGAAACAAUACAUUUUGUAUUGUAUCAUUACAUUUGCUGUUUUCAGACUUGGCCAAUAGGAGGGCUUGAUCUGAGAUAAGUACAAAAACAAUUUAAGUGUGUUUCAUUUUCACUUUUUAUUCAUGAAUAGAUCAACUUGUCCAAGGAGCAAGACUCAUUUGAUAUUUAAUGGUUAAAAAAAUAAAAGGCAAGCUUCAUUCACUUUUUCUUUUUGUCUC